CAGCAGCAGCAACAGCAACAGCAAUUCCUUCUUCCUCUUGCUGAAAUUUCUGCUCUCUUCUUCUCUUUUGUUGGUCUCAGUGAUCACAUGUGGUGUGCAAGCAAGAAAAGCUAACACUCAACCCCAUUUCCACACCCUCUACUUCACCUCUCUUUUACCGGCCUCCGUCUGCACACCCUCCCCCCUCGCCGAUUCCAUCAAGAGGCAAUCCACAUUGCAAGUUGUUCACCGGCACGGUCCAUGUUCACAAGACAAGCCCACCGCCGCGCCGCCCCUCAGUCGGAUCCUCGCCGGCGACCAAUCCCGGGUGGAAUCCAUCCAAGCUCGCCUCAAUCCAACCUCAAACACCAACCAACUCAAACCCAACAAGAACAAGUUGAUUGACAGAAAGGCCAACCUCCCUGCCCAGUCAGGCAGCUCCCUCAGCUCCGGCAACUACGUCGUCUCCGUCGGCCUCGGAACACCCAAAAAGACCCUCUCUCUCAUUUUCGAUACCGGAAGUGACCUAACGUGGACUCAGUGCCAACCCUGCGUCCGAUCGUGCUACCAACAACGCGAUCCAAUUUUCAACCCUUCUUCCUCAACUUCAUACUCUAAUGUAUCCUGCAGUGCAUCUCAGUGUGCUCAGCUCUCCUCCGCAACCGGCAACGACCCCGGAUGCUCCUCGACGACGUGUGUCUAUGGGAUACAGUACGGUGAUCAGUCCUUCUCGGUGGGGUUCCUGAGCAAAGACACACUUGUCUUAUCAGCAACCGAUGUGUUCCCCAACUUCGUGUUUGGGUGUGGGCAGAACAAUCAAGGACUGUUCGGAAAAACUGCAGGAUUAUUAGGCCUCGGCAGAGACCCUCUAUCAAUUGUGUCCCAAACUGCACAAAAAUACGGAAAAUACUUCUCCUACUGCCUUCCAUCAACUUCAAGCUCAACAGGGCACUUGACACUUGGAAAAGGUGGAGCUUCAAGAAAUCUCAAGUUCACCCCUUUCGCUAGCUCAAAGGGGACGUCGUUCUACUUUAUCGACAUUAUCAAAAUAAGCGUAGGCGGGCAAGACCUACCGAUCAGCCAAACAGUUUUUGAUACUGCAGGCUCAAUCAUAGACUCAGGGACGGUGAUAACACGCCUACCGCCUGAUGCAUACAGUGCUCUGAGUACCGCGUUCCAGCAACAAAUGAAGAAGUACCCGAGCGCACCGGCAUAUUCCAUACUGGACACUUGCUAUGACUUUAGCAACUACACAACCUUAACCAUUCCAACUAUAUCUUUCACCUUCGGCGGGAAUGUGAAAGUUGACUUGGAAGCCACUGGGACACUUGUAGCCGUUAGCUCAACGCAAGCGUGCCUUGCUUUCGCAGGGAACGGUGACGAUGCCGAUGUGGGCAUCUUUGGUAACAUUCAGCAGCAGAAGUUGGAGGUGGUGUACGAUGUUGCUGGAGGGAAGCUGGGAUUCGGCGCUGGUGGAUGUAACUGAUGAUCAUUAAUUAUGUAUGCAUGCAUGCAAGCAGAAAACUGUGACAAGUUACAUGUGCAUAUAUUUCAAAGGGGAAAAAGAAGUGUAAUUACAUCAUAGUAUGUGAGAAUAAUUAAAGUCGAAGUGAAGGUGGAAAGAGAGAUAUUUGCAUGUAAAGGUAAAACGUAUAGCGGUAGGCAGGUAGCGUAAGCUUAUGGUUGAUGAUUGAAAGGUGGGAAAACUGCUCUUUCCUUGAAUAUAAAAGCCUUGAUGGUGUGAGUACUGCUGAUUCACUUAUUACACUAUUAAAUUGGUCA